AUGUAUCUCAGAACUAUAGUUGCAUUGAUCUUAGUUUUUGAAGUGUGGUUUAAUGUUGAAGGAGGAGGAGUAGGGCUCUCUUAUGAUUUCUAUGAGAGUUCAUGCCCACAAGUUGAAGACAUUGUUAGAACUGGCCUUCAAUCUCUCUCUGCCACUGAUCCCACUUCACCUGCAGCUAUGUUGAGGCUCAUGUUCCAUGACUGUCAAGUUCAGGGAUGUGAUGCAUCAAUUCUUCUUGAUCCGAGUAAUUUGACAGUGCCAUUAGAAAUGACUUCAAAGAAGAAUUAUGGAAUCAGAAAAAGGGAGUUAAUAAGCACAAUAAAAUUAAUGGUGGAGACAGUAUGUCCCCAACAAGUUUCUUGUGCUGACAUUCUCAUAUUGGCUGCUCGUGAGGCGGUAGCUUUGUCCGGUGGGCCACUGAUUAGGGUUCCGUUGGGACGGAGGGAUUCCUCCACCACUUCGAGCUAUAAAUUUGCUGAUGCUUCACUCCCUGCGCCAAAUCUAGGAGUGGAUGGCAUGCUACUUAUGUUUUCCAACAAGGGGAUGACCACGGAAGAAGCCGUUGCCAUAACCGGUGCUCACACACUAGGAGUUACACAUUGUUUCAACAUUCUGAAUCGCCUGUACAGCCCAGAGAUUGGUCAUACUCAAAAUAUGGAACCUGGGUUCGAAUUGUUACUGAGGUUGAGCUGUCCACUAGAGUCUUCCACAUCAAACACUAGCAUUGUUCUAAAUGACCCUACCACGUUGCUCUUUGACAACCAGUACUACAUAAAUGCAAUGAGAGGCCGUGGAGUACUGAGGAUCGACGCCGAAAUGUCGUCAGACCCGCGAACGGCACGGUUUGUCGAACUUUUUGCUGUUGAUGAGGAUGAGUUCUUCAGGGCUUUUUCUUCUGCAUUUGUGAAACUCUCUUCCUCAGGUGUUCUAACUGGUAGUCAAGGUGUUAUUAGAAAGAGUUGUGAUGCAUUGAAUUAG